GGUACCCCGCGGAAGUUGGUUUGUGGAGUGGAAACGGGAUGUUGUUAAUUUGCGUGAAAUAGUGCGAAAGACGUGGACGUAUACAGACCAAAUAGGACCAAAUACAUAUCGAGGCGGGGGUUGCAUUCUGUUGCAGAGGAAAGCUUGUUGAAGCAAAAUGUUGGAGUGUGGCAUGGUGAAGCGGGACAAGCAGGCUCUUCGGAGAUGCUCUGCGGUUCUCUGUAAAGAGCUGGUGGUGGAUGAGCUGCUCAUUCAGUCACUACAGGCAGAUGACAUCCUAACAGAGGCCAUGGCGGAGGGCAUCCUGGCAGAGCAAACGUCUCAGAAACGCAGCUGGCGCUUGCUGCUUCUUUUACCAAAGCGAGGACCCAGAGCCUUCAGCAGCUUCUGCUCAGCUCUCAGAGAAACUGAGCAGCAGCACCUGUUAGACCUGCUCAGUCAAUCACCGCCAAAGGAUGGCAGAGAGACGCAUGCAGACUCUGCUUCUUGCUCACAGAGUAUUCAGCCUGAGGAAGAGCCAGGGGGAAAGGCAGGGCGACGGGUCAUGGAGAGAACAGAAAGGAAGAGAGAGACGUCCUCAGUAGAGAGAGAGGAAAACAGUGAAGUGAGCAGCACCUCAUCCGUCCCAGUCCAAGCUUCAGAUAGCAGCCAGGGUCCAGAGUCUUCAUUCAGAGACUGGACUCCAGUCAAGGAGGAGGACAGGAAGAGAGAGAGGCAGAGGACAAAGAAAAGAGAAAGAGAUAAGCAGACAGAUGGGUUUGCGGACUCUUCUCUGCCAUUUUCAACACAGGAGGGAGUUGCAGCUAAGAGACCAAAGACACAUGAGUCCAUGGAGUUUAGUCUAGAUGCUGACAGUCCCAUCAACACUCCUGUCCUGCCGUGCACUCCUGACUUUUACCUCUCUCACUGCCAGCAGUCGUACAGAAUGAAUUCAACCCCUCGUGGGUUCGCCUUGGUGAUCAGUAAUGUGACCUUUGACCCCUGCGCUGCUCCUGACCUUGACCCAAGGAAGGGAGGUGAGGUGGACGACGAGGUCCUCAGGAAGGUCUUCACAGAGUUGGACUACCUUGUUAGUGUCCACAGAGACCUCACUGCUCAGGGUAUGAAGACAUGCAUUGAGAACUUUUGCAGACGGCCGGAGCACCGGACAGUGGACAGCUGUGUGGUGUGUCUCCUCUCCCACGGAGUGGAAGGUGCAAUAUAUGGCACAGAUGGACAACUCCUGCAGCUUGACUGGGUGUUCGAGGCCUUUGACAAUGCACACUGUCCACUUCUACAAAACAAACCUAAAAUGUUUUUCAUCCAGGCCUGCAGAGGAGACGAGAUGGACUGUGGAGUGGAGCAGAUAGACGGACCAGUGAGGACGUGCUCACCAAGCUGUGAGCAGCGGGACGCUGGACGGGAAGGACAGGGAGACGCAGACUCCAGACAGAGAGGGGACCUGGGGAGGCCGAGGAUUAAACUCCCCCAGCGGUCGGACAUGAUCUGCGGCUUUGCAUCUCUCAAAGGUCAGAGAAUUUGCACAGCAGCCAUGCGAAACACCAAGAGAGGAUCUUGGUUCAUCCAGGAACUCAACACAGCACUCCGCCACCGCUCCAGAGACACACACCUUGCAGACAUCAUGGUGCAGGUCAACGGGCGUAUCAAGGAGAGGGAAGGUUACGCCCCGGGUACAGCCCACCAUCGCUGCAAGGAGAUGUCGGAGUUCACCAGCUCAUUGUGCAAAGACCUCUACCUAUUCCCCAAGUACCAGCCCCAGUAUUGAUAUGCAAAACAUGCACAUUCAUAUUGACACACACAGAUCAUUCCUUUCACUGGAGCGUCCCACAGAGAAGAACACACCUGCUCAUCGCACACUGAUUACUGCCACACACUCACGCAUUCCCCGUUACAACUUCACAUCCAAACAGGAUUUAUCCAUUCAAGCCGCAGACGUGCGCACGUGUAAAGACUUGGAAAGGAAAAAGGAGGAAGCUUACGUUAAUCUACAUGUACUCGGAAAUGGGCGAUGUAUUAGCAUACAAUGUACUCAUAUAUCUGUGUGUCUGUGUCUAUGCCAGUUAGGGGGUUUAGAUGUUAAUCCUUUUAAGUCAAACUGCACAGUUACAUUGAGGUUUCACAAGUCUCUCUUUUUAAUAUGUAUUUUGUACACAGAUCUAUUUUUGUGGCUUUAUUUUGUAUGAAAUUGUUUUUAUAAGGAUUUGUAAAGCCCAUUCUUUUAUUUGUACAUAAUGUCUUGUUUUCAUGUGUGACCAUUCCUUGUUUAUAGUAGGGUGACAGGCAGGGGGCAGCACAGCAGACACGAAUGCAUAUGACCACCUCUCCUUCAUUAAUACUAUCCGAGUCUCCUACAGGUUAAAAUAGAUUUUUAUUGUCACGACUGCAGAGAGCUAGGCUAUUAGUUACAAACAGUUAUAUUUAUGAUAAAACAGUUUUUAAGAACCGUGUUUUUUCCCCUCACAUGGUUUGCCUUAUAAAAGAGGAAAAACACAGACAGGGCAGCUUCAAAACUAAAACGUGAAGUUUCAGCCAUUUAUCCUUUCAGUUUAUUGUUGGAUGUCCAGUUGGGAAAAUGCAGCAUUUUAAUCUUAUUUUAAUUCCACGACUGCAGCCACUGAUAUCCAGUACAUUUCUCCUGUCAUGGUGGUGGGCUGGAAUGUGGUGCUACUUUGAGGGGUCACUCACAUAAGGUAUGAACUCUGACCUUUAUGCUAACUCAGACUCCUGGGGUUUCUUCCUGUGUAGGACCUGCAUAUUACAUUAGACUCCCUGUUGUAUUUGUUUCAUGCUGUACCUGAUGCAGUAAGGGUGAAAGAUGUCUUCCAUAAACUAGAUGCAGUUUCUUACAGCAGCCUGUGCCACGUGUGGACGACCUGUUAGAUAUAUAGAUGACAUGGUGGUGCUAUCAGAGUGCAUUGUGUUGCUUUGGCAGCCCUCCACACAAAGAAAAUUUACCUUGAAUGCUUUGUGAGCAUUGAUGGUUCCCAGAGAAGCCCUGACCAGGCGAAGUGUGUUCAGUUACAACAGUGUUGUAUCGAGGAAAGCAGAAAAUACAGUCUAAGCAGUAUUGAUUGUUAAAUGUCUGUAAACAAAGAUGUGUUUAAAAGAUGUCGUGCAUGAGGUGGUGCAGGCAGAGUUUACCCUGGUCUGGAGAACGCUCACUCCUCCUAUAUUUUUUUUUAUCAAUUGAAAAACACAAUUAAAAGAGAACUUGAAGUUUUUCUUUAAAAAAAAAAAAAAACUUCUGCAGGGCGAGAAGUUUUGAAGGCUCAUAUUUGCUGCCAAGCUCUGCUGAGGUGCUGUGUGGGGAGGGUUCAUUUUGUCAAUUACUGCCAAAUGUUCUAUACAAUAAACCAGCCAUGGGUUUUAAACAAG